AUGACGACAAUUGUAUCGUGUCUUGAGCGAUACAAAUUGGACAUUACCGCUGUUCAAGAAGUAAGAUGGGAUGGAGCUGGUAGUUUAAAGACACAGGAGAUGAUAAUCUUCUAUAGCGGAGGAGAAAACCAUGUAAGAGGAGUGGGUUUUGUAAUUAAGAACAGUAUCCUGCCAAAUGUUGUGAGAUUUGAACCGAUAAAUGAUAGAAUAUGCUAUGUUGAGCUUAAAGGUAAAUGGUUUAACAUAAUACUAAUUAACUGCUACGCUCCCACUGAGGAAAAAAGUGAAGAAAUAAAAAAUGCUUUUUACGAAGAACUGGAUAGGAUUUACGAUGCAUUACCAACCGGAAAGCCAAAAAUUAUCUUAGGUGAUUUUAAUGCAAAAAUAGGGAAGGAAGAAACGUAUACACCAACAAUAGGAAAAGAUAGUUUACAUAACGAUACAAAUGAUAAUGGGAAUAAGCUAAUAACUUUUGCAACUGCUAGAAACAUGAGAAUAAGUAGUACAAUGUUCCCGCAUAAAAAUAUCCACAAACAGACUUGGAUAUCUCCAUGUGGGAAGGUGAGAAACCAAAUAGAUCACGUAAUGGUAGACUACCGAAUUAGAUCAAGCAUAAAUGACGUAAGAAGCAUGAGGGGCAGUAGUGCAGUCUCGGAUCACUUCCUGGCUCAAGCCCUCCUUGGAUUCCCAUUAACGUCGUGA